AUCUUGACAUGUCGUGUGGUACGGUACCGCUGCUGCUAGCUAGCUAGCUAGCUGGCUAGCUAGUAGUACAUGUAAAUCUACUGAGAGAAGCUUGUCCUUGUCCAACAGCACAGACAUCAUCGAAGACCAUCAUCACUCAGCUUUGGUCAAAGCACCUCACCAGUCGAUCACACAAGGUUCUUAUUGAAACCUAUUGAUUAUUGGGGUAGCUUGCCUUCUUGAUACGAGUCGAUUCCGAGCACCAGGGUAUCUGGAUCUACCAGUCUACGACUAAACUCCAUCCAUCAACCCGUCAUUUUCCAUACUAUUUCCAAAUAAAUCAUCAUGCCAGUCCCUAUCAAACGCAACAACAGUCAAAGCCGUCCCAAAAUCAGUCAUCGACGAGGGACGGCUGGAAUCAAGCGUGACAAUUCCAAAAUGCUCGUGUUUUUCUUUGCCGGCAUGACCAUCUUGGGUGCAUUGAUUGUGGGUAUCUUUAUUGGCAUUUUAUUCUUUGGCAAUACAGGAGCGGCAGCCGCCCCAGCGCCCGGUAGAAGUGUGGACUCUCCUGCGGGAUUGUUGCGAGGUGUUCACUUGCGAGAACAAUGGAAGGAAAAGACGGAUCAAUUCAAAAAUUAUUUGCAUCGAAAAAAAGACAACGGUGACAGUAUCGGCAAUGGAGGUGGCAAGGUCGAACCGAAGGAGCAAGGAGUGUACCCGUACAUGGGACACCCACCUCCACACAAUUUCAUUAUUGCCUCUUCCUGGACACCUCCGGGGGGACGACGAUAUGCCGAGUAUACAGAUGGAUCCAGUCCCUAUCUGAUUACCGAAGAACUCAAACAAAAAUCGGAUGAUCUGGCACGGGAACGAAGAGAUUUCGUCAAGACGGCCAUGGAAUUUGCAUGGGAUGGAUACUCCAAAUAUGCCUUUGGAAUGGAUGAAAUAUUGCCAGCAUCGAGGCGUGGAACCAACAACUGGGGAGGAUUUGGUGUCACGCUCGUGGAUUCCUUGGAUACACUCUGGUUGAUGGGGAUGAAGAGAGAAUUCUAUCAGGCCAGAGAUUGGGUACGAGAUAACCUCAAACAUGACAAAUCACGCAUGGUAUCGGUCUUUGAAACCACCAUUCGGUCCUUGGGUGGGCUGCUCAGUGCCUAUGAUUGGUCUGGGGAUCAGGCAUUUUUGGCAUCGGCAAUGGAUCUCGCCAAACGACUCAUCAAGGCAUUUGAUAAUAGUCCCACAGGAAUCCCCUUUGGACAAGUCAACUUGGCCACAGGAGCUUCUGCCAAUAUCCCAUGGGCAGGGAACAAUGCUAUUCUGGCAGAAUUUGGAACUAUGCAACUAGAGUUUCGAUGGUUAGAUGUGGUGGUCGGUACGCCGGAAACCGCCGAAAUGAGGAGGAAAGUAGAGCAUGUUUUUGAUAUUCUCCAUCAAAUGAGCCCCGCCAAUGGCUUGUAUCCAUACUACAUGAAGAAUCAGAAUGCUGGAACUCCCACCUUUGCCAACAAUCACCUAACAUUUGGUGCCAUGGCGGAUUCCUUCUAUGAGUACAUGCUCAAAGUAUGGAUUCAAGGUGGCAAGGUAGAACCCAUGUAUCGAGAAAUGUAUGACAAGGCUAUGCAAGGAAUGCAUGAUGAAUUACUGCAGGUUUCCGAACCAUCAGGCUUGACGUAUAUUGCCGACAAGGCAGGAUAUCAGUUGGAUCACAAACAGGACCACUUGGUGUGCUUCAUGGGAGGACUGCUUGCCUUGGGUGCCUACACGGAUCCGUUAGGUCUGGAUUCGGAUCGAGCGCAGCGUGACUUGAAGACGGGGAGAGCACUUACAUAUACAUGCUAUCAAACCUAUGCACGCAUGAGCACGGGUAUAUCUCCCGAGUAUGUUCAAUUCUACAAGGGUGACGACUUUAGAAUUGGAGCUGGUGCCCCUCAUUAUUUGCUUAGACCGGAGACAGUCGAGUCAUUUUUCAUCUUGAACCACCUCACAGGUGAUCCUAUUUACAGAGAGUGGGGAUGGGAGGUCUUUCAGUCCAUUGAAAAGUACUGCAAGACCGGCGUGGCCUAUGGAACACUGAAGGAUGUAUCCAAUACCAAUCUACAACCCAACGACAAGAUGGAAACAUUCUUCUUGGGAGAAACACUGAAAUACUUUUAUUUGCUGUUUGAUCCUGACACAGAAGUGGAUCUUUUGAACAAACACGUGUUGAACACAGAGGCUCAUCCGAUGCGGGUGUUUCCAAAGAUAAAAAACGCACCAUUUGAUAAUAAAUAGCCGAUGCUACGGUAUAGAGAUGAAUCCCAUCAAUUUGCAACUGACUCUACGUGUACUGCAAUGAUAUUACCGUAAUAGUCACGAUGAAGGAGAGGUCG